CAAAACAAAAACAAAGAACAGCUGAUGCGCAUCUCAAAAGAGCGGCCAUAUUGCAUUUGAUAAAUUUACUUCUUAGUAAGUGGGGAUUAUCUGACUAGGAAACCCGACUUUAUACAAAGUAUACCCAUAUUGAGGACGUGUGUAUCACAUUGAGUGCGGCAAUUAUCGGGAAUAUUCAAUUAUCAGCCAUUUAAACGGUUAACAAAGAACGGGCGACAUGUUGAAAAGAUAACAGUGCACACUCUCCCAUCACUCACACACACACGAAGAAAAACCGAGAGCGCGCGCGCUUAAAAGUGUUUUGUGCGCCGUUCGGAGCGACAGUUCGCUUUCGAGUUCGCUAAAACACAACGUAGAAAGGCCUUAGCUCCACUGAAAAAUCAGAUUAAAGCUGUCAGCAGAAGGUACUGGAAAGCAUUCGAGAAGUCGAAAAUAAUCCCAAUCAAGCCCAUCAAAUUGAAGCAGGCGACGCCUUCUGCGCCAGUGUGUGUAAAGGCAGCUAGAUUUUCAAUUUCAACGCCUAUUUAACAUUGUAGCUCAACUCGAGUCGCCUCAUUCUCAUUUGUGCAUUUCAAGCAAAUCAAACUAAAGUGAAAAACAAAUUUUUGUUCUGUGAUUUUGUGUAAAGACUACGUUCGACGAUCAAAGAUGGUGAAACUAAUUGCUAGCCUGCUCCUGUUGGCCGUGGUGGCCCAGGCCUAUGGAGAUUUCAAGUGCUCCCUGGCUGUUCCUGAGAUUACCAAGGACUGGGUGGACAUGAAGGAUGCCUGCAUAAAGGGCAUGCGCAAUCAGAUCCAGGAGGAGAUCAACGCCUCCUACCAGUACUUGGCCAUGGGCGCCUACUUCUCCCGCGACACCGUCAACCGCCCUGGAUUCGCCGAGCACUUCUUCAAGGCCGCCAAGGAGGAACGUGAGCACGGAUCCAAGCUGGUGGAGUACCUGUCCAUGCGCGGUCAACUGACCGAGGGAGUCAGCGAUCUGAUCAAUGUGCCGACUGUGGCCAAGCAGGAGUGGACCGAUGGUGCCGCCGCCCUGUCCGACGCCCUCGACCUGGAGAUCAAGGUGACCAAGUCCAUCCGCAAGCUGAUCCAGACCUGCGAGAACAAGCCCUACAACCACUACCACCUGGUGGACUACCUGACCGGUGUCUAUCUGGAGGAGCAGCUCCACGGACAGCGCGAGCUCGCCGGCAAGCUGACCACUCUCAAGAAGAUGAUGGACACCAACGGCGAACUGGGCGAGUUCCUGUUCGACAAGACCCUGUAAGGAGGUGGAGAUAGAGAAGGCGCAGCGCCCAGUCACGCAUCAAAAUUAUCAGCCAGUCGAGUUAUCUGUUAUCUGUCAGCCCAGAGAGCCUUCCCGAGGGUCCGCUAUUAAAUCAUCACCAGCCAAGUCGGCGACUGGCCAAUAAAUUAUCCGUUCGACUGCGAUCCUCAAACCAGCACAGCAAAAUUCCACGUCUGUUCUUUCUUAUCAACCACUUGUGAUUUCCGUACACCUCGGGAGGGGGCUCCACAUUAUGCAAUCGCCGAGAUUUCGCCUAGGCUUAAGUGGAAUCGCUCAUUCGCAUAGUAAGACACUCAGCACAACCCAUUCAAUACAUCCUAUAUCUUUAUAUUUUUCUGUCAAUUAGACGAGCAAGUUCUUAAAUAAAUAACAAUAUAUAUGUAACGAAAU